GACCAGGAGGCGAAGCGGCUGCAGCAGCGUCUCCACUGCAGGAUGAGAGCGUCCACACAGGGCUGAGAAGAGGGACGCUGAGGUUUUUUAACCCUCCGCUGGUGCAGAAGAGAUGCAAACUCAGUUGACUCUGGGAUGGAUUGUGUUACUCUGUGGCCUUCAUUCAGUCCAUCCUUCUGUCACAACCAGAUUUCCAGCUAGUGCUAACAGAUGGUCGCCUCGGAAAUGCAGAAUCUUUAUCGUCCCUCCUGUUCCACCGCCAAUGUUUCCACCAAUUAAACAGAAAGCAGAACUGAUGGCUGAUAUAACAGAACACAUCACAGGCCUUAAGGGGGACAAGGGCUGUAGAGGACUCAGAGGACCCAAGGGUGAACAGGGAGUGAUUGGUCCAGAGGGCGAACAUGGAACACAAGGACCCAUGGGAGAGACGGGUCAAAAGGGAGAGAAGGGCGACAGAGGUUGGAGGGGUCUGUAUGGAGACAUCGGAACUCCAGGGAUGAUAAAGGGCAGUAAGGGACGUAAGGGAUUCAAGGGGGAAAAAGGUAUGAAAGGACGCAGAGGACUCCAAGGAGAAAAAGGCGACCGUGGCAUCCCUGGAAAACCAGGAGCAAAGGGAGACCCAGGUCAGUGGAGAGAACCCGGGCGCAGAGGUGAACCAGGACCCAGAGGAGAAGCUGGACCCAGAGGACCAGUGGGCUUCAAAGGAUCUCGUGGGCCAACAGGCAGGACUGGUCAUUCUGGUCUAGCUGGACAACCUGGUCUGACUGGAGAACCUGGACGACCUGGACAAGUGUACGUCCUCCCAGGCCUGCUGGGAAACGAAGGAAGUCCAGGUCCUUCAGCUCCAUGCAACUGUUCGAUGGUUCGAACCCCAGAUCGACCAGGGAACAGGAUACCAACGAUCUUCAUUGCAGAUGGAGAAAGACAAAUGAGGAGGCUGCGGGCUGAGAACGUCAUGGUUUUGCGAACGGACAGAAAGGCUCUGUACAUCUACGCCGACUCCCAGUGGAUCAAUGUACUGGAGGACCGCAGAAACUGACCUCACUCUGUUUAAUACACAAGAAAUAUCAGCUGUCGCCCCUCCCUCAUUAACCCCACUUCAGUGCCUUUGAGCAAGACACUUUACCCCUUUUAACUGCUCCAGUGGAGCUGCUGAGUAACCAUCAGAUCAGAAUGUGAAGCAUUUAUUUACCCAUGUCAAAUAAAAACUGUCCUGAUCGCAACUAUGCCAAGCCUUACUAUUGUUUUAUAGUUUCAUUUAGUAGAAAAACACUAACAUUACCACCAGUAUGAUUUUGCAUGUGUUGCAAACAUGUAUUUCUAAUAUUUCUCUUAAAACAGUUUUCAUUGUAAGUGUUGCAUCCAAUGGGUUCUUUGUUGCUCUGUGCUGUUGCUGUGGAAAUACCUACUCACACUGGGAGAUCAAUAAAAAUCAUUAAAGUCUCCAAUAAGGAUGUAUAAUGUUAUGUUGAAACCGGGUUUAAUUUUUUAUCCAUGUUCA